AGGUCUCGGGCCCUCAGGCGGAGCGGCGGGCGCCGGACCCCCAGGUGGAGCGACAGGUCUCGGGCCCUCAGGCGGAGCGGCGGGCGCCGGACCCCCAGGUGGAGCGACAGGUCUCGGGCCCUCAGGCGGAGCGGCGGGCGCCGGACCCCCAGGUGGAGCGACAGGUCUCGGGCCCUCAGGCGGAGCGGCGGGCGCCGGACCCCCAGGCGGAGCGGCGGGCGCCGGACCCCCAGGUGGAGCGACAGGCGGGGCGGCGGGCGCCGGAUCCCCAGGCGGAGCGGCGGGCGCUGGACCCCCAAGCGGAGCAACAGGUCUCGGGCCCCCAGGCGGAGCGGCGGGCACCGAGUCACCAGGCACGACAGUGGGCUCCGAGUCAACUGGUAUGACCGCAGGCAC